AGUUUAUAUAUUGUGGAGUUUCAUUGAUUCAGUCUGUGAGUAAAAAUUGUACAAAGGUGUCGAAGAUAUGGGCGACUCUGUAGAUGUUAGUGGAGACGGUGGAGUCCUCAAGACGAUCCUGCAGCCAGCGGAAUUUGAUGACUUUCCUCAAAAAGGCCAUGAAGUGGAAGUCCAUUACACCGGAAGGCUGGAAGAUGGAACAGUUUUCGACUCUUCCCAUAACCGCAAUGCAACCUUUAAAUUUGUUCUUGGUGAUAACCAGGUUAUAAAGGGAUGGGAAGUUGGAGUAGCCUCCAUGAAGAUUGGAGAAAAGGCCAAAUUGUUAAUUCAACCCAGCUAUGGUUAUGGAGAAGCUGGAGCAGGUUCAACCAUACCACCAAAUUCCGUUUUGGAUUUCGAAAUCGAGCUGAUCAACUCUCGUGUCAAGCCAAAAGAAAAGUGGGAAAUGACUACUGACGAAAAGAUACAGGCAGCAUUAGAUGCAAAGGUUGAUGGGAAUGCCAAGUUCCUAAAGGGAAACAUAAAGGCUGCAAUUAGCCUCUAUGAGGAUGGAGUAAAAUACCUCGCCAUGAGAGAUGGAUGGAGCGAUGAAUCGGUUAAAGCUUCAGAUGUCACUAAACUACAAUGCCAUCUUAACCUUUCCAACUGUUAUAUAAAGGAACACGAUUUUGUAAGCGCAGAGUUGAACGCUACAGAAGCCCUAAAGAUAGAUGCAAACAGCAUCAAGGGAUUAUACAGAAGGGCUGUUGCAAGAGUGAACAACGACAAACUGGAAGCUGCAAUACAAGAUCUCCAAGCCCUGUUAAAAUUAGAACCAUCUAAUAUUGAUGCCGCAAACCAAUUUAAGCUCGCCAAGGCCAAGUUGCAUAAAUAUAAUCAGGCAGAUAAAAAGAAAUUUGGAGCAAUGUUUAAGAGUAUGUCACUUUAUACUGAAAAAAAAGAUUUGCGCAAUUUGGCAACACUGCCUCUUGUAUUUUUGGACAUUACCAUUGACGGGUCUACCCGUACCAUGAAAAUCGCCUUGUUCAGUGACACUGUCCCAAAAACGGUCGCCAACUUUAAAUCGCUAUGUAACAUGGACAACGAACUAAAUUAUGCAAACUGUGCAUUCCAUAGGGUCAUCAAGGGCUUCAUGGCCCAGGGAGGUGAUAUCACAAAGGGAGAUGGUACAGGUGGUAUGAGCAUAUACGGAGAACGUUUUGAUGAUGAAAACUUUGAGGAUAAGCAUGUGGAACGUGGAAUGUUGUCAAUGGCAAAUGCGGGCCCAAACACAAACUCUUCCCAGUUCUUUAUCACUUUUGUGGCAACUCCACACCUAGACGGAAAGCACGUUGUCUUUGGAAAGGUUGUUGAGGGAUUAGAAAUACUAGACGAUAUUGAAAAGGUAGAAACUGACCAGGGAGACAAACCCAAGAUAGAUGUAGUCAUAACAAAGUGUGGUAUCCUUCGUGAAUAA